GCAUCGCACUACACGCAGAAUUAUGAUAAAGUAACGGAGAGAUGCCAGCUGUCUAGCAAUACACAGAACUAUUUAUUAAUUGAAGUGCAUACUUGUUCAAAAAAAGCUGGAGCUGCAAAUGUAAAAAUAACAAAAAGUUCAUGACUUGGGCUGUCUCUUUAAACAAUUAUUCUGAGCUUUUAAUUGGCCAAGGCUAUGCAGGGGAAGAGAGAAACAAGGACAAAGGCAGAAAUAUUUGUUUUUGUUUUUUCAGUCUGGACUGAAGAUAUUUCAGGAGGCAUACUAGCUGAAUUGCAUCCACUCUUAGAGGACAACUGAGUGAAAAUGAAUUUCCUCUUUCAACUUUGGAAAUGGAAAAGCAUGAUCACAUUUCUUAUGUGUCUUACUUCCUUGUCAGGAAUGAUUAUGCUUGAAAGCUACAAAGAAUUUCAUAUUAAUGCAGCAGUGGGAAGACACAUACAGCUAUCACUGGCAUUACCUAUUGAUGGAAGAUAUCCUGAAAUUGUUUGGCAUUUUGAAAACAAUGUGCAUAUUGCAAGCAUCAAUGAAGACAAGCGACCAUCUAUAUAUUCUGCCGAGUUUCUUGAAAGAGCAGAAGUUCACCCUGAUGGACAUUUAAUAAUCAAAAAACUUACAAGAGCAGACAGUGGAGUAUACACUGCUACUGCAACUUUUCAUGAUGGAAUGCGAUUGAAAACAAUAUUUAGGCUUCAUGUAUAUGAACCAGUGUCCAAGCCAUACAUCUCAUCAAAUCAUCAUCUGGAUUAUUCUACUGGCUUAUGUAAAGUUACAUUGACCUGUUCAGUAACAGGUGGUUCAGAUGUGAAAUACAGCUGGUGGAUGAAAGAUUUCCCAAAUGAAAUGAUUCCCAGUUAUCAACGGAUUCAAGAAAAUAUAUUAGUUGUUUUCCUGAAAAAGGUGCAUCGAUACAUUUCUUAUCACUGUAAGACAACCAAUCCUAUAAGCGAGGAAGUACAGUUUAUAAAGCCGUAUAACUUAUGUUGGAAAUAAUUUGAAAGGUGAAACUUCAAAUAGUUCACCAUUGUUUAGCUAACUGUAUAUUUUAUAAGUAGGCCGUACUAGUCACAGUAUUACUGAAUCAUAGCCAUGUGUAAUGUAAAGUAAUUCUGGUUCAUUUCACUACCCACAGAAAUGGGCUGGUAAAGUGAAAAGAAAGUGGAGAGCUAAAGAUUUAUGAUGUUUACAAAUCAUGAAAUGUCUUAAGGUACUCUAUAUCACCUAUAUAGUCUAAUGCCUGCAUAGUAUAUAUGGUAUUUAAAUUAUGGAACUCAGCAUCUUAGCAAUUUUUGUGUACUAUUUUUAAAUGUUUAUAAUUAAGGAAUAAAAAAGGAUAAAAUAAGUAAAGCUCAGAAUAAUGAAUCACUCAUGUUAUCAAUCAAUAAUAAAAUGAAAUAAAAUCAUUCAGAGCACUUUGACAGGGCUACAUUCCUGGAACACGUCCACCACUAAAUUAUAAACAUCUGCUGCGAAGAGUAUGUUAAUAAUACUGAAUGCUUUCAUAGUGACAAAACACAACUCUUGUAACUUUUCCACAGAUGUUGAUGCUAAGGAUGUAGUCAGUACACAGUUGCAAGACUGAUAUAUUAGGGUCUCCUUGCUGGAACCAUGCUGAGUUGAUGCAUAAAGGCCACUCUUUAUUCGCAUACAUUUACACUUAAUUACACUAGAAUUUUUUGUGAAAGCAGGAAAUAAUUUGAUGGGCCACUAUUUUGGGGAGGAAAAUACACGGACCACUUUAGGUAGUGGAAAUCAAUAUUGCGUCAUUCCUAAUACAGACAAAUGUCUUGAAAAAUUACUGGGUUGUAGAUAUGAAAUAGUGGUCCAGCCAUGUAUAGGAUCACAGAAAAUACAAGUCAAGAAAUUCUCAAAACCAUUUACACCUUAGUACUCAGCCUCAUGCAUUAUCACCUCUUCUCAAGAAGCACAAAGCAGGUGAGUGUUGGAGUAAAUGUGUAUGUACCCAUCCAGAUUUCAUUUGAAGGAUGUUAGAGUGUUACUUUUUUUAACUUGCAGAGGAAGUUUACUCCAAAUGUGGGGAAGGAUUUAGGCAAUAUAUUUGCCUCAGUUCUAGUGUUAGUGGAGCUGUUUGACUUGUGAAGAUAUAUAAGAUCAAGAAGAUUGGCAUGGACCACAAGACAUAGAUCUCCCCACAACUGUCUAUAAACAAUUGAAUAAGAGGAUAGUUCAGACGAACAUGUAUGUCUGUUCAUCAUUCAGGUACAUUUAACCCACCCUUACAGCAAUGUUUGUCUAAUUUUGAGCAUGUUUGUGAUCAUCAUAUCAGAGAUAUUUGCAAAAAGAAAUGUAAAAACAUUUUCUAAUCUAACCAUUUCUGAGAAUAAACUAUUGCAAGAAGUGACCACCGAUACUCAAAUUAGAAUAAUGAAGCCGGAUAAGGGUGGGGGAUUGGCCAUAAUGAACAAGACUGAUUAUGUAAGUGCGAUGAAUGAACUAUUGCUGGGGGAAGAUUACCAAGUUUCUUCUGUUAAAAUCAAUAUAGCUUAUGCUAAAAUGGAUGCAUUGUUGUUUGACCUGUGGAUGGAAGAGUCUAGAACUAAGCACAAAUAUGAGUUCAUGGUUAAUGACAAACCUAAGUUGGCCAACAUUUUUGGUAUAACCAAAUUACAUAGAAACUUUUUACCCCCCCCCCCUUUUAGACCUAUAGUGGAUGCUAAGAGGUUAAAAACGUACUUCAUAGCAAAGUUUUUAGAUGCUGAUGUAAAACCUUGUUUAAGCAAAAUUGUACAAAUUUGCAGGGACUUUUGGCAUUUUUUAGACCCAAGUAAAGUUGAAUUUAAACAUGAUUUUUUUGUCACUAUUGAUGUUUGCAACUUGUUCACUGCUAUCCCUCAUCACACAGGAUUGAGUUGGUUCAAGAGUCAACUCAUGAAGUUAGGUAUAAGUAGUGAUAAUAGAAUUUUUACCAUUGUUUCUCUUAUGGAAGUAGUGUUAAAGAACAACUUUUUGUGGUUUGAGGGACAAAUAUUUAAGCAGGUGACAGGGGUAGUCAUGGGUGCAGUGUGUGCACCUAUGUUUGCCAAUGUAGUCAUGUCUGAAUGGGAGGAUAGGUUUAUUUUGAACAGCACAUUUAAUGAUUGUUGGAUGUCAUACACCCAGUUUUUGGAUGACAUUUUUUUAUUUUGUGGAUUGAAUCGGAAGAGAAACUCA